GCCUCUCGAGGCUUAUCGACGUCUCAACUGCACUUCUGAGCGAGGAGGGUGAUAUCGCUCGUCUGUCCGUCGGUCAAAGCAGGAGUGAAGCGAAGCAAUUCGAAGCGCAGAGUGUUGAGUGCGUCUGAGAAGUGGCUGUCUGUCUCUCUACUGACUGUCUGAGUUAGCUGGGACACACUGACUGACUGGUGGUGCGGAAGGAAGAGGCAGUGAAUGAGAUUAAACCAGCAGUCAGAGUCAGAUGGCACAUCACAUUCGUAUGUGCACAGCAGACAGACAGACACACAUGAAUCAACCAUUCAUUUAACAUCCCCACAGCACAGCCAAAGCCAGACCACCUCCACCCAAGCCACACGCACCACACGCAACGCAUCGCAUCAAUCAAUCGUCACAACGCCCGCCACGUAUGUGAGCUGCCUUCUAGGACGCACAAUGGCUGGCUGGCUGGCUGAUCCGCAUCGAGGCACGUUUGCAUCACCGACAGUGUCAAGACACCAUUAUGCAAGGCAAGGCACGUGUCUGUCUGGUUAGCUAGGGCGGCACUUGGGGGUCGGCAGGAGGGGAGGGUUGGAAAAAAUCAGCCAGAGGGUACAACGCAUGGCACGACGACUGCACACAGACACACACACACACACACACACGAACGAUGACAGCGACGUCGCCAUAGACAGGCAGGUACACAACACACUUUUCUCAUCAUCACCUUGAACGUGUCGGCGUAUGAUUGCAGCUGGGGCUCUGCCUGCAGGAACUCAAGCAUCUUGAUGCAGUCCUGUACAGCACAGCACAGCACAGCACACACACAUCCAUCCAUCCACAACAGACAGCACAGCGUCAGGUCAGGGAUGCAUGUGCCGGCACGGUAGGUGCGGAGGGUAAUUAAGGCGCUACAAUGUUUGCUUACCCUGAGUGUGCCAUCCCUUGGACUGAGUGUCUCCAGGAUCCCCUUGCACAGCGCACUGUCACCCGACAGACGCGCACCGCCAUUCCUCAACACACACAAACCUAAGAGAGCACAGAACACACACAUACUCUCGAUAUAUCCGAUCCACACACAACCAACCAAUUGCACACCGCUUUCUGUCUCCCUGCCUACCGGCUCUCUUCAUCUUGAUCGACGGCGCCGCCCCCAGCUUCUCGGCUGCAGCCGUGGCGAACCUAGCCCCCGCAUCCCUCAGCUGAUCCACAGACAUACCGCCCCCAUCGCUGGCUGCUGACGGGGCGGGGAGGAAUGGCGGCGGUAGGAGGGGCGCCAGCUCGCUGACCAGCACGGACCGGACCUCAUCUGAGAGGCCGGGAGGGGGGGAGGGGGCGGGAGAGGGAGGAGGGGCGUCGGUGUUUGUCUGGUCGGCAUUCACGCACACUACAGAUGGAUGGGGACAGACAGCAGGGAUGCAUAUGGCCAGUGUGGUGUUAUAGGGAUGGAGUCAGGUGGGAAGGUGGGUGGCCCAGCUGGCUGACUGACCAUUAUGUGUGAAGUCAGCGAGGAGUGGGGCCAGCUUGUGGUUGAAGGGGUCGCGCUGACAGAGCUCCCACAACCGACGAAGCGCACGCAGCUGCAGCAAGGGCAUGCCUGCACACACCCACACCACACCACACCACAUUGCACCACGUCCAUGUGGUCGCUGUGCGGGAGUAUGUUGUCGCGUUGCUGACGUACGUCUCGUCUUGUGAAGUCUGUAAGCGAGUGCAUGUGUCGUUGGGUCGAGGCUGCAGUGCUCCUGCAGUGUGGCGGCGAUCUUGGUGGCCUCCUCUAUGGGAUCCUUCUCAAUCAGCUUGGCGCCGUGGGGGUCGUCGUCGACACGACGCUUGCCUGUAGAUGGGGGGGGACACACGACACACAGAGACAUGGCCAUCCCUUGUGUGUGCGUGGCGCGUGUGUCGGGGCCCCCCCUGCUCACUCACUUUUGACUUGUGUGGUUGUUGCAGUCUUCUCCUCAGCGGCACUGCUCGACGCCUCCGCCUUCUUGGCCUGCAUGCCAUGGCAUGGGCCAAUGAAUGCAUUAACCGAAGAACACCAUAUAUAGGAUGAACGGUUUUCCUGUGCCCCUCUGUGUUGUGCUGUCUGCCUGUCUCACCUCUUUCUUGAGUUUGUUCUUGAGUCGUUUCCUCUCUGCCGGCGUGAGUGCCUCCUCCUCGGCCUUGGGGGCCUCGCUCGACUCGCUGGCACCAGGCUUGCCCUGACAGACAGACAGACAGAUGCGCGAACAGAGGGCGAACAGAGAGGGAUAUGAGUCGUAUGUGUGUGGGGGGGUGGGUGGAGUCUGUGUGUGUCACCUUCUCUGAGUGGAGGAAUAGGUAGAGGUCGAUGAGCUGCUUGGCGGCUCGGCGGAAGAACCUGAUGGACAGAGAGAGGAGAGAGAGACCCGAACACGCGUGCAUCCAUUCACUGCCUGCCUCGCUCCAGUAGUUGUCACUCACUUGUGUGAGUAGAGUCUGUCCUCCAUUCUGAGGAAGGACAGGUAGGUGCGGUUGCUCAUCUUCCGCUGACAGUAUCCGUGGAAAUCAAACUGAUAUAUGUCACAAACACACACACACACAGACACACACAUACACCACAACACAUUGCAUUCAUUAUGUGUGGCGGGGUCGGGGGGCAUGUGUGUGUGUCUUGUGCCGUGCCAUGCCUGGUCCUCUCUGAAGUCGUUGAGGUGGUUGACGAUUCGGUGGAAGUUCUUGAGCGCCCGCGCAUAGUCAUGCACACGGCGAUACGCACGACCGAUUUCAUACUCAAACCUGACAGCACAGCAGUCACAUAAUAUCUCAGACUGACUGUCUCUAUCUCUGUGUGCCUCUCCUACCACAUGCACUGCAUGUCGAAAAGGUUUGGCGUGGCGUCGCUGUCCUGCUCCUUCGAAAACAACAGAGCCGUCGACAGCGCCUUGACACACACAGAGAGAGAGCCACACACAUUCCCAUGAGUAGGCUGCCUACCGCACGUCAGUCUGUUUGUGUGUGUUGUCGCCGGCCGGACUGACCUGUUGUGUCUUGUUGAUUCUGAGGAGGUAUUUGACGCUCUUGGUGUUGAGGAACCGAUCGGCCAAGUCCAGCUGGCGAGCCUGCACGAGCACGGUAGGGAGGUCCCGCCUUCGACAUGCCAUGUCUCUUGUGUCUGCCUACCUCUUCCGCGAGCUCAGAUGCCCUCUCGAAGGCGCCUGCGUGUUUGCAGAUUCGCGCCUGCACCGACAAACACAGAUGCGCACAUGUGCGCGACCACGUGUGCUGUGUGUGUGUAGCUAGCUACCUACCUACCUUGAUGGAGUACAGGUCGACGAGCGUGGGUGUGUGUUGGAUGGCCUUGUCGAUCCACUCGAGGGCCUCAGACGUCCUCCCCAUGUAGUCGGCGUGCUGGGCCAGAAUCGUCAAAGUGAACAGAUACGACAAGGGAAGCUCUGCACACAACACGCCCAACACACACGAGUAAAUCACGGAACAGACUUUGUUUCACUCACUUCACCUGCUCUUAUUUUGCCUUUCUUGCGUGCCUUGCCCACCUUCUUUCGGUGUGGCGUUGUUUGCGUCACCGGCAUCGGUCGGCAAUCCUGCUGGCGGUCCGAAAGUGGAGGGUGUGGCCUCGAGGCUGCGCAGGUAUCCCGUGAGCAGCUGCUCGACGAAGGCCCCCUUCUCUGGCGUGUAGAAGCACUUGAGCAGGUUGAACAGAGACGGGAUGCCCUUGCGGAUGCGGGGACGCAGAUACUCAUCCAGCCUGACAGACACGGAGGGAAACAAACCGGAGUGUGUAAGCUUAGUAGAUGCGAUGGAUUGGGGAUUUUGCAGGUAGGUAGGACCUUUUGGCGAAUCUGUCUCCCUCUGUGAAGUAGAGCGGCAGCCUCCGGACGACAUCGCUCUUGGGGUACUGUUGCCUCAGCGCGUCAUAGAAGCCGCACACCCUCUCCUGCUGCUCGUCCGUCAGCCGACCCACACACUCAAACCGCCGACCCGACACGGCCUUCCUCCUCUUCCAGUGGGGCCGGUGGUGGAUGUCGUCCGUCCCAUCCAGCCCCUCCCCACCAUCACCCCUCCUGCCUGGCCCACCCUCCAGCAGCUCGCUGGGCGCCUCCAGCCACCCACACAAAGGCUUGCCCAACGGAUGGAUCGUCUUGGAGAACAGACGUAUCCGCCCGACAGAGAAGGGUGUGGGCGCAGAGUGCCCGGAGGUCUCGCUGCCCUGCCCGGACGCGUCUCGUUGUGAGUCGCUGUCUGGGGCGGGUGCAUCGGUGGACGGGGUGGGGGGCGGCACCAUCGACUGUGGGGAUGCUGCUGGGGGUGCUGUUGGCAGGCAGUAUGAGAGGUUGUCGCACUCCUUGGCUGCUAGGGCGGGGGGUGGCUGCUCACAUUGGGGGCCGUUGGGUAAAGCCUCACGCACCUUCUUCUUGGCCCUGCCUUUCUUCUGCUCACACAGCACACACAAAGAGGCGGAAUCCACGCCAUACUUGGGCGCCAGGUCAGGUGUGAGUCGUGGGUACCUUGCUGUCUGGCGGUUGGACGGGGUCGCCUGGCGGGGGGGGCGGAGGGGAGAUGUCGUGCAGCUGCACCGUGGCGGCCUGGAGGCCCAGGGCAUAGUCUUCAUGCUCGGGGCAGGCCUUGAACAAAUGACUGAGCCGACAGUGACAGGCAGUUGUGUUGUUCAGGCAGAUUAUUUAUGAUCGGUCGGGUGUGUGUGUGUGUUGCGGACGGACGUGUAUGCGGCAUGAGCGUCGUCGAAGUUCCUGAGGUAGAGGGACAGCCGGCCAACCGUCUCGUAGUAACCCACUUUGUCAGGACACCUCCUGGGUCAACACAACACAUACACAUACACAGACACAGACACAUACACAGACACAGACACAGACACAGACACACAGAAAGCCCUCCCUCCCUCCCUCUAAUACCCUUCUCUGAGUUGUUCUGUGAGGUAGUCGAUGGCCUCCUCAUACCGGCCGCUCUCCUCCAGCACCAUCGCCUUGUACAUGCUCACCUGACAAGAACAGCAUACGACAACCAGAUCAGGCCAGGCACACAGGCGUCUACCCCGUGGCCCACCCAUCCAUCCCCUCUACCUCUCCUGCAUCGUAUGCGUCGAUGGACUCGCUGUCGUCUUUGAAGGUCUUCUCGUGUUCCUCCAACACACCCACUGCCGCGUCAAGCGACCCGCACUGACAGACAGAUACACACACAGGCAGCCAGCCAGCCAGCCAGGCGGGCGACUGUGUGGGCUCGGUAACAAACACAGAACGACUAGGCGUUGACUGACUAUCGACACGUACCAGGUGGUGUGCGAGAGCGAAUGUGGUCCAGUUGAAGCGGAGGGCGGGCUUCAGGCUCAGCAGUUUACGACGGGUCUCGCGAAACCCCUCCUGCAGAUCAGAUAGACACGCAAGCACGUCAGUCACUUCUCUCCGUCUGUCUGUGUGGCUGACCGACCAGUUGUCUGAUGUGUAUUUGGAGGUUGGAGAGGUCUCUCAUGAUGGUGAAGUUCUCAGGCUCGAUGCGGAGGGCCUGACGGUAGCACUUGGCAGCCUCCUGGUAGUCCCUGCGACACACACACACCCACACACACACAACACAUCAGCCACAGCCGACGGACGGCAUGCAUCAAUCUGUGUGACGCCCAGUGCGGAGUGGUGUGUCCGCCGCUUACUUGUCCUGUCUGUAGAGGAUGCCCAGCGCAUGCCAGCACACCUGACUCUUGACGUCGCAACGCAGUCCCUUAACACACACGCAAUGAGGAACAGCAGCCUCCGGUCAGCACCUUGGCAUCUCAUCUGCUCGUCUGUCCAUCCACCUUUUUGCAUAGUUCGUAUGCCUGGUCCUUCUUGUCCAUGUUGCUCAUGGCGAGACCCUUCAUCGACAGGGUCUCUGUCACAUAGUCACACCCUGGAUGCUGCUUGCAAUGCGUGUGAGUGUGGGAGAGUGUGUGCUGACCUCCGUGCUCGGGGUACUUCUUGAGGAUCUGGUCGGCCAGCUUGACCACCUUCUUGUGCUGCUUCGCCUCGUACAAGCGCUGCAGACACAGAACAGCAACAGCACACACACAGGGAGAGGGAGGCCAGUGAGUGGACAACAACUAGUGAUUGCCACAUGCAUGGCAUGCAGAGACACUCAGGAUCAGAAACCAAGAGACGCAGCCACCGAGGACCCGCCAAGGCAGCUUACAGCAUGCACCACGAGGUCUCGCUGCGUUGACUGCCAACCGAUCUUUCCUCCCUGGCUGCCUGGCCUGGCUGGUGUAGCUGUCUGUCAUGUGCACAGUGCUGACCAUGAUGCUCUUGAAGUGCGCCCCCUCCUUGGCGGGCAGCGGCUGGCUGCUCUUCUGACUCAUCCUUACAACACGCACUCAAACACCCAACGUCACCCACAGAUCUUCUCAAAACAGACACCAGAAUUCGCCGCACGACGGCAUAGGCAGCUCACCACAGUUCCAC